AUGGACAUCAAUUAUCCAAAGAUCGACUUAGAAAGCAAGGAACACCUUAAAUUUUUAGAAGGUUAUUAUAAGAAUGAAUUAUUCAGUCAAAUUGAUAGUUCAGACGACUCAAAUGACGCACUAAAAUGUUUACUCAAUAGUUACUUCAAUAAGACCUUCAGUUUAAUACAUCCUAAUAUAAAAAUCAAUGGACAGAAUUAUCAGGAUAUAAACCUCGAUGAUGAGGUCGAAUUUGAACAGUUUGACGAUAAACUUAGAACUCAAAUGUCCGAAUUAGAUAGCAAUAUUGAGCAAUUACAGAAUAGAUUAUCAGAAAAAAGGAGAAUUGUACCAUUAGAAUUGGAAGAACUCCUUAGCAGACAGUUAAGAAGGCAGAAACCUUCCAACCAGGAUCCUAAUCUUGAGGAUGAAGCAUCACCACAAGAAGAAGAAAGUGACAAAUGCGUAGAAUUCCAUAAAGAAGGUUUAGAUGAUAUAAACAGCAAUAUAAAUACUCUCUUAUCCAAAUUACCACAGCAAAUAUCGAAAUUGGACAGGGCGAAGAACCUACAAAAUGAUUUAAAAAGUCUGGAAUUUUGA